AGAGGAGAUCAGGGUAAAUGAUCCCACCUGUGGGAGGGAGGAGCUCUGAAAAGAGUAGACUGCGUAUCUGGGAGCAGACCUCUGUGAAUGCUGUGUGGAUUAUACCCUGCGGACUGAGCUGUAUCUGGAUCUCAUCCUGUUGACGAGGUCCUUCUGCACAUGGAGACGCCUCGCUGCUCCGGUUGAAGGUCUUCGACCCUGGGAAAGCUAAGUGUUUUUAACAUUUAUUCAUUUGUUGUUUUUUGUCUUUGUUCAUGUCGUGUGGUCUGUAUGUGCCAAAUAUGUUAUUAUCCCGAGAUGAAUUGUAAUCCACAGUUUGAACACUGGGGGUCACUGUAAUGCUGUUUUGUGUUGUGUGCUCAGAUGUUUUGACCAAAGGUUUUUUGAGUGGUCUGUGGCAAACUGGAAAUGAAUGUUGUUCACUGUUCAUGCACAGUGGAGGCAAUAAAGAAAAUAAACACACACACACACACAGACAAGCAACCAGCUGAGGUGUGAGGCUGCAGUGAGCCAGGUAAAGUUGAAUAGACUCACACUUGUUUGUGUAAGUGUAAUAAAGAUUAAAAGGCCUGUAGGAACUUUAUCAAAAAUUGUUCUCACUCUUGUGACACAGGCUGCUCAUUGAGAUGAUGAAUGACCUGCUACUAAGAAGCUAAAAUGAAAGCUGUCUGUAUGUAGUCUAACUGGUCAUCUUUGACACUGGUGCUCCUUACUGAAACAUUUAAGCACCAUUUAAAUCAACAUGCAAUGUAAGACAUGAUGAAUGAAUGAUUUAAGCUGCACUUUAAUGUGGAGAAUAUGAAGUAAUCCCUCACAUUUUUGUGGGUAAUCAUAAACAAUAAUAAUUCUAAUAUAUCACUGGUUAAACAAGACUUACAGUGAAGAGACUUCCAGUCUAAUCCAGCUCAUACUGUUACUGCCUCUUUUUCAUUACUAAAGAACUGUUUUUUUUUUUAUUUAUUUAUCAUUAAAUCUGCACAAAGAUUCAUGUCAAACUAAGAUAACCAGUUAGACCACACACAUAACCACAUACUUUACUUACACAAUAACAAACAAUAGAGCUCGCGAGUUUCGCUUCUGUUUUCAACUUAGGUAAAUAUGCAACAAAGGUAAAUGGAAACAGAAACUUUUGAAGAGAUCAAUUAGGUAACUUUUGGGGACAAAUUUCAGACUAAAGACUUAAUUCAGGUGGUUUGUCCAAUUGGGGAUUUUAAAAAAAAAGAUGAUUUUUGGGUCCGUCAUUAUGGCAAGGGUCAGGGUUUAUCUCAGGAUUUUCAGAAAUGAAAACAGUUGGCUUCAGUUGGUUUCCUGUGAUAGAGUGAUAACCAGGGUGUGUUCAGUCCCUGAUGUUCUUGAGAAUUGUAGCUGCAGCUGUGCCAGAGAUGUUUUAACAGCACUGUUGUUGUCUCCUCUUGGAGUUAGUGGAUUUAUUUAUUUCUCUUAUUAUUUUGUUAUUCAGGCUCUUCACAUUCUAAACCUAUGUUGUAUAGACCUGCUUUUCUUGUGCCAUUUCAAUUUCUGUUGGUGUCUGAGUCUGAGCAGUUAACUGGUUCAUGUACAGAAUAAAAGCCCAUCAGUCUCUUGACCAGAGCUCUGACUGCGUAGUCCCACUCACUGAACUGAAACAUGGCUCAAUGGUGUAUAUUACCCAUGAUCCCUAGCUUCUGAAGCAGGAAGUGCUGUGUCUGUAAUUCUUGAUAUUUCUGUCAGUUUCCUGGCUGGAUAUCAGAGAUGAACGCUGGUUUUUAAUGACUUCUAAGUCUUUUUGAUUCCAGCAGUUUAAGCUGCUCACUCACUCUGUUGGAGGGAGAUCGUACCUGAAAAAGAGAGAGUUACACAGAGAAACAACAGGUGUUCAGGGAGCAGAGUGUCAGAAGUUAAAGAAAGAAAGAAGUUUAAGGUCAAAUAGUCACAUAAUUCUACCUUAAACUUCCAAGGAAGAGAUCCACCGUCCUAACAAGUGUGAUAAUAUGUGCAUGUGUGUUUCAUCAUUUCAUCUGAAAAUUUCCUUGUACUGUUGCCAGGAAAUGUGUAAUUGAAGAAAAUAUAUGCAGCUUAGCAGGUAUCACCUGUUCAUUCAUCUAUACACUGGAAGGGAGGCUUGUUUACACAACCCUGACCUGCAUCAGGAUUAUAAAUAUGAGCUUCAGUUCCUGCUUCAUGUCACUGGGUUAUUCCACUCAGCCAGACAACAGGACUGUAGACUCCGACUUCCCCUCCAAAGACGUCAGUUUAUUACCUUUGUAAUACAGAUCUAACUGCAGAUAUGAUUCACAGAGACAUUGCACUUGAGGCUCUGAGUGUAAUCUGCAAUGCCAACGUAACGUCUGUUCAAAAACAAAGAUUACAACCUUUUCCUCAUGCUGCUGCAGCACCACAGGAGCAACUGCUCAUCAAGUAUUUCAUCUCAACUGUCCUGGAUGCAGAUGAAACCAGCCAGGUGUCGAGGUCCAGCUUCCACUGCAUCCAACAAACCUUGCAAAGUGGUAAACCAGUGGCAAACUUCCCUGGAGAGGACGUGGUGGACACUCCAAAUGGGAGGAAUCACAUCAUCGAUGAGGACGAAUUCUUCGCCCCAGAGUACGACUAUGAUUUCUCCAGGCUGAGAGACACCGAGACUUACUGGAGAGGUGGAGAGAAGUACGAACGCCCAUGUGGCUGGCAGCGGUUUGCCCUCAAGGUCCUGAACAAGUACGAUGGAAACACCUGGUUGGGAACCCGAUACAGGAGCACCCAGUCCUGUCCUGGGGAGUGGCCGGUGUCCUACCACGGGACAUCAAUGAAAGGUGCUGAAGCCAUCAUCGGAGGACACUACAAGCCAGGUCCAAGGAAGCAGUUCGGCAGGGGGAUUUAUUCUACUCCUCACAUAUCUGAAGCGAUCCCAUACGCGAAAUCAUUCAUCUCCCAAAAGGACGGCAAAAGGUACAAAGUGAUUCUGCAGAAUCGAAUCAACCCUGCAUACAGAUGGAAAUGCAACAACGAUAAGUACUGGCUGAUUCCCAUCUCCCAGGGAAUAUCAGCAGCAGAAGAGCGGGACAUCGUAGAGAAGGCCAUUCGCCCUUAUGGCCUCCUGCUGAAACAAAUCUGACAGAAAAAGGUCAGAAGAAAAUCCAAAGAUCUGACCACUAUUUUUAAAAGUCCCUUAAUUGUGUCAUCAGUAGUCCAUAUAACAUAUUCUGAUGCUGUCAAAUGUCAUUUGCACAUGAAGGAGAAAAUAAUAUAUACUUUUAUGGAAAGAUGGAAGAAGACAAAGUGCUACUAAUUUUCUUGCUUCUGUAAAUUUCCUGCACUUAAAUUUUCAAUUUUGAAAUAAACCAUAAUACAUUA